AUGCCAGUCAAUGAUGAGGAUUUAGUGCAAAAGGCUAGAGAUAUUAUGAAAAAUGCCUAUUGCCCCUAUAGCAAAUUUCCCGUUGGUGCUGCAAUAUUAGCCGAAGAUGGGAGCGUAAUUGUGGGAGUAAAUUGCGAGAACGCAUCUUAUGGUGGUACGAUAUGUGCUGAGAGAAAUGCAAUGACAACCGCUCUCGCUCAAGGACACCGUAAAUUCAAAGCGAUUGCAGUAUGUAAGUAUAAGCUGGGCUUUUUUUCAAAAAUCUUCAUGCUCCUAAACAGUGAAUGUGCAGGAGAUAACCUCAAAAUAAAAUAACA